AUGCCCGAUCUCCCAGCGCACUCGUCGCCCGCCUUUCCGCCGCUCCACUCGCCGCGACCGGAGCACGAGCAUCCGCACCGCUUGGAAGAAGAUGCGUAUAUCUUGGGAGAGGAUGCGACUCCACCGCCUUCCAAUGAUGCUGAGCUCCUCGAAGAAUUACCUGUGGUGGAAUGCGAGGUCCGCGCGCGCAUACCCACUACGACGGGGCACGAGAUGUGGCUGCACGUGUACCGGAAUAACGUGGAUACGAAGGAGCAUCUAGCCAUUGUGUUCGGGGCGCAGAUACGCAGCCGGAGUCUGGAUCGGGAGAGGGAAGGCGAGACGGAGCUGGAGAGGAUGACGAGGGGCGCGUAUGUGGGGCGGUUGUAUCCGGGCAGGACGCACAGUAGGGUGGAGGCGAUCAAGCGGGCAGAAGGGGCGAUGCCGAAAGCGCAGAGUGGCGGGAGUGCGUCGGUAUCGUCAGCGAGUGUGUCGGACGUAGGGGAGGACAUGGAGGGAAGCAGCAAUACCGAGCUUCCUCUCGUCCGCAUACAUUCAGAGUGCUACACCGGCGAAACCGUCUGGUCCGCGCGCUGCGACUGCGGGGAGCAACUUGACGAGGCGGCGCGGCUGAUGUCCAGCCCGCACAUCUCACCUUCAGGAGGCGUGAUCAUCUACCUCCGGCAAGAAGGCCGGGGUAUCGGGCUGGGUGAAAAGCUUAAAGCGUAUAACCUGCAGGAUCUGGGCAACGACACGUACGAGGCGAACAUCAUGCUGCGGCAUCCGGCCGAUGCGCGGAGCUACGGGCUUGCGACGAGCAUGCUGGUUGACCUUGGGCUUGGGGGCGAGGCCGGCAUCAGACUCUUAACAAAUAACCCGGAUAAAGUGCGGGCUGUGGAGGGCCCGGGGCGGGAAGUCGUGGUAAAGGAGAGGGUGGCUAUGGUGCCGCUUGCGUGGAAGACAGGCGGCAAGGCGGGGAUCAAGAGCGAGGAGGUGGAGAAGUAUCUGAGUACGAAGAUUGAGAAGUUCAAGCAUAUGCUUACGCAGCAAUGA